AUGGCGGCCGAGUCUGGUAUCAUCCUUCCAGGCCCAUUUCCGGUGGACACGAGCCACAUUUUACAGUGUCCCACUUCCGCCUUGCCUUUCCUUCAGAAGCUGCGCGCGCGUUUUCCAGGCAACAAGAAUGACCCUUCUAAGAAACUGCCACGAAUUCAACCUAUGCCAUCCACAUGCGACGACAUGCAAGUAGGUUCCGUCGCACGCGAGCCGAAGCGGGGCUACACGGAGAAAGGCGGGAAUACGUUUUUUACGUCGGGGAGCGCGUGCGUGGAUUUCCUCUUCCACGUGCUGCCGAAGACCCCGUUCGACGAUGCGCAGCGGCGGCUCGAGGCCGCGUGGGCGGAAGACCCAGACACGGCGCUGCGGCUGGUGAUGCAGCUGCGCGCGGUGCGCGGCGCGGGUAAGAGCGACCGUUUCAGAUUCUUCCACUGCGUCACGUGGCUGUAUAAGAACCACCCGCGGACGCUCUUGCAGAAUCUCUGGCUCGUACCGGAGUUCGGGUGCUUCAAAGACCUUCUAGAAAUCGUUCAGAUCGCUCUAGAGGUACACGCAAGGAAGCGGAAAAAGCGCAGCGGAAAAAGGUUCAAGGACGGCGAGGAAACGAGUCGGGCGGAACUCGUUGCGGAGGAAUGGCUAGACUCGGAUGAGCAUGACGCUAAGGCUUGGAACAAAAUGGUGAAAAAAAACAACUGGGAAGGGAGCAGGAGCACCUUGGUGAUUGGCAAGGGGAAGCAGAAGGUUCAGGAGGAGGACGAGGUGGCGGAGAACAGGCGGCAGAUGGACGAGCGCGAGCUCCGCUCAGUUCUGCGCAAGGAAAGGCGCUCGCGGAGGGCGGCGGAGGUGGCGCACGCGUACGAGACGAGCGAGCGGCUGCGCGCCGUGCACAACGCGGUGGCGGCGAUCUUCGCGGCUGCGCUGAAGAAGGAUCUGGAGACGAUGCGCGCGUUCGAAGAGAGGCGCGCGCGGAAGAACGCGGAAGGGGGAGGGGCGACGGCGGAGGAGGCGAUGGAGGCGGACGAGAAUGAAAAGGCAGGGGAGGCGGGUGUAGAAAACGCAGAGGCGGACGGGGAGGGGGGAAAGGAAGAGGAAGAGGAGAAGGCAAGGGAAGGCGAGAAGAAGAAGCGCAAGUGGAUGGGGAGGCCGGCGCCAAGGCUGUCUCUGGCAGCCAAGUGGGCGCCCUCCCCUGGCAAGUCGUACGAUCACUCCACACUGCUCAAUUCCUCCAUCGCCCUCCUCCUCUUCCCCCCCUCCUCCUCCUCCUCUUCCUCCCCCUCUCCCUCCCCUUCCCCUUCCCCCUCCCCCUCCUCCUCCUCUGCUGCUGCGGGUUCCCGCACAGCAACUCCCCCCGAGAGGGCAGCAGGCGGAGAUGUGAACGGCGGGGCUGCAGCAGCAGCAGGCGGGGCGGGAGGGUACGUGCGCGUGGCAAAGGAGCGGCUGCAGAGGGAGGUGCUGGCGCCGCUGCGGAGAGUGCUGGAGGUGCCCGAGGUGCACAUGAGCAGCGGGCAGUGGGAGCACGUGGCGUACGGGCGCGUGCCGUCCGUGUGCAUGAACAAGACCCGCAAGCUCUUCCUCCAGCACGACCAGGCGCGCUUCACAGAGUACCUCGAGGAUGUGGAGGGCGGCACGGACGCCAAGAUCGCUGCUGGAGCGCUGCUGCCACAUGAAGUGGUGAAAGCAGCCAUGGAAGCAGAAGAGCAGGGCGUCGGGAACGACAGUGUGAUCGAGCAGCAGUGGAGGGCCAUGGUGGCUGAUGUGCGCAGCAAGGGGUCCCUGGGGAACAGCAUAGCGGUGUGCGAUGUGUCGGGGGACUUUUAUCACAUGGCCAUUGCACUGUCGCUGCUCGUGAGCGAGGCGAGCAGUGAGCCGUGGAAGAACCACCUCAUCACCUUCUCCCGCAUAAUGAUGCCCGAGAUUCGCAGCGUGCAGGGAGAGACGCUAGCGGAGCGCGUGAGAAGCACAGAGGUCGGGUACUGGGUCUACGACAAAACCUAUUUCCAGGCCGUGUUUGACCUGCUGCUGUCCCGCGCGCAGCAGUUCCAGCUAGACCCGCCCGACAUGGUGCAACGCCUGUAUGUAUUCUCCGACAUGCAGUUUAACCAGGGAAGCUUGGCCCGUAGCGCCAAGUGGGAGACGGACCACCAGGCGAUCAAGCGCAAGUACGCUGCAGCAGGUUACCCUGUGCCGCAGAUAGUGUAUUGGAACCUGAAGGGGGACGCUCGUGUGAGCAGCACACCGGCGCUUGUGAUUGACGAUGGAGUGGCGCUGGUGUCGGGGUUUAGCAAGGGCAUGCUGCAGGCGGUCUUGGAAGGGAAGCAACUGUCUCCCAUAUCAGUGCUUGAUGAGGCCGUCAGUGGCAAGCUUUUUGACCUCCUUCAGGUUGUGGAUUGA